GCUGCCGCCGCAGCACGUCGCGAGCUAGGGGAGAGGCCGGGUUUCCGAUUCCGGCCAGCCUCGCUCUGGUCCCUGCGGCUGGCUGCCGAGCCUUGUGCCUCCGCCAUAUUGUCUGUGUGAGGCCGGUGGGGAGGGAGGCCAGAGCGGCGGUCGCUUCAGUGGGAAAAACCAAAGGCCCAUCCAAGGCCUUCACCCUGUGUCGGGUUUUGAGAUCAGAGGCUACCAGAACUCUAAACACCUAAUAUAACUCCACCCAGCAACCUGUCCGACAUGUCAGGACCUGUGCCAAGCAGGGCCAGAGUUUACACUGACGUAAACACACACAGACCCCGAGAGUACUGGGACUAUGAGUCGCAUGUUGUCGAAUGGGGAAAUCAAGAUGACUACCAGCUAGUUCGGAAAUUAGGCCGGGGCAAAUACAGCGAAGUGUUUGAAGCCAUCAACAUCACAAAUAAUGAAAAAGUAGUAGUUAAAAUCCUCAAGCCGGUAAAAAAGAAGAAAAUCAAGCGUGAAAUCAAGAUCUUAGAGAACUUGCGAGGUGGUCCCAAUAUAAUCACCCUUGCAGAUAUAGUAAAAGACCCUGUGUCCCGGACCCCUGCUUUGGUUUUUGAACAUGUAAACAACACAGACUUUAAGCAAUUGUACCAGACAUUAACAGACUAUGAUAUUAGGUUCUACAUGUAUGAGAUUUUGAAGGCUUUAGAUUACUGUCAUAGCAUGGGGAUCAUGCACAGAGAUGUCAAACCCCACAACGUCAUGAUUGACCAUGAGCACAGAAAGCUGAGGCUAAUAGACUGGGGUCUGGCUGAAUUCUAUCAUCCUGGCCAGGAGUACAAUGUCAGAGUGGCUUCCCGAUACUUCAAAGGACCUGAACUCCUUGUAGAUUAUCAGAUGUAUGACUAUAGUCUGGAUAUGUGGAGCUUGGGUUGCAUGUUGGCCAGUAUGAUCUUCCGAAAGGAGCCAUUUUUCCAUGGCCACGACAAUUAUGAUCAGUUGGUGAGGAUAGCCAAGGUGCUGGGGACAGAAGAUCUAUAUGACUACAUUGACAAAUACAACAUUGAGCUGGAUCCACGCUUCAAUGACAUCUUGGGCAGGCACUCCCGUAAGCGAUGGGAGCGCUUUGUUCACAGUGAGAACCAACACUUGGUGAGCCCAGAAGCUCUGGAUUUCUUAGACAAGUUGCUGCGGUAUGAUCACCAGUCACGACUCACAGCAAGAGAAGCCAUGGAACACCCCUAUUUCUAUCCCAUUGUGAAGGACCAGGCUCGGAUGGGUUCAUCCAGCAUGCCAGGUGGCAGCACUCCUGUCAGCAGCGCAAGUAUGAUGUCAGGGAUCUCUUCAGUGCCAACACCUUCACCCCUUGGACCUCUAGCAGGCUCACCCGUGAUUUCUGCCACCAAUACUCUGGGGAUGCCGGUUCCGGCUGCUGCAGGAGCUCAGCAGUAGUGAUGGGUUUUGUCUCCGAAUGCCUGAGCUGAGUCAGGUGGGGAAGAGGUUCCCCCUCUACCUCUCCCCAGGCUGCACCUUGCACCUGGCAGGGGAAGGGAGGGGAUGGAACACUUUGGAGGCACCGUGUCUGAACAGUUGCUUGUGGAUUUAUAGUAGUUCAGUCAUUAUAUAAAAAAAAUUAUUAUAGGCUGAUUUUUUUUCUUUUUUUUUUUUUACUUGAACUUUUCGUAACUCAGGGGAAUCCCUGAAAAUACUGCAGAUGGAAUAUUUCUCGGACAAUUUUUUUUCCCCAAACUCCUCAUCACUUGAGAACAAAGAUGAACCAACUACAUUUCCAGGCCGUUGUAUCCUGCUGGAAAUCUCUUCUCUUCAUAGUCCCACCAUUACUCCUCCACCAGCUCACACCGUGGGGAGACUGUCUUGUGCUUUUCUCUGGAGUCUACCAGACCAAGUCUUCACAAGGCUGUGGGAGGGGGAUUCUUAAAGUACCAGUCACUUUAACACCAUAUUCUGCAUAUGGCUCAACUGGGGUACAUUGAAGAGACAACUUCAGUUUGUAGAGAUGGUAAAAACUUAUAAGAAAUAAGCGCAGAUAAGGCCUAAAACCCAAUUCUGUCCUGUAUGAAUCAUGUCUCUCUAGGAGCUAACCAGAGCACCGACUCUCUCCCUUGCAUGUAAUUUUAGUCUUAAAGCAUAAAGUUACCAAUCCAGUUGACGUUCUUGCCAUCUCCUGUUGAAGGUGCUUCAGUAGGGUAAGCUGUACUCUAAUCAGUACCUUUUCCACAUAAGGUUCUUCCGGCCAGUCCCUUGGCUUGGGAUUCUGGAAUGAAUUUGUUACUGGGUAUAUUGGGUUUUUUUUUAAAUUGUUUAUACAGAUUUCAAAAUGGUGGCUACUUAAAGAGCUGGAAAAUCAGACUGCGCCAAGUCACAUAUUGAGUCAUCACCCAGCACCCCCACCCUCAUGUGCCAUGUGGUGAGAAUACUGGUUACCUCACAGUCUUGUAAAUAUGCACUGAGAGGAAGGAGCGAGUAGACUAACUUAAACUGAAAUGGUAGACUGUAAUUGUGGACAGAUAUUACUAUUGAUGACAAAGCACCCUUGUUACAGCCUUGCUACCCUUUGCUGUGUAUAUAUACUUUGUCCUUCAUAUGUGAAAGAUCCAGUGUUGGAAUUCUUUGGUGUAAAUAAACAUUUGGUUUUAUUUAUCAAG